GUAAAGUGUAGUAGGUGGUCGCGCAUGGCAUCUCCGUGCCUGCUCUCGCGCUCUGCUCUUCUCUGCCGUCCUCUGCCGCUGGGUCGCUGACGAUGCCGAGCGGGGCGCUCGUAUACGUUUCCGUGUGCGGCUACAAAGCGCAGUUCUCCAGACUGAAGUCGAACCGGGAGGGAGCGCGGGUUUGAGGUAUGAAGAUGGAUCGUCCGAGCCGUUUCUCAUCGCGCGGACAGCUGUAACGUCGGCGGACACGCGCGUGGAUUAACCAAAAGGGUCGACGUUUCGGGCUUCGCUUGGUUUCACAUUGAGAAUGAUCGAGGAAGGCAGCAAACGGGGCAAGGCCAUGGUGGAGAAGAGACAGCUCUUCAUGGAAAUGAGAGCUCAAAACUUCGAUGUAAUCAGACUGUCGACUUACAGGACCGCCUGCAAACUCCGGUUUGUGCAGAAGAGAUGCAACCUUCAUCUGGUGGAUGUCUGGAACAUGAUCGAAGCCUUUCGUGACAACGGGCUCAACACGUUGGACCACAACGCUGAGAUCAACGUGUCACGGCUGGAGACCAUCCUGUCUUCCAUCUACUACCAGCUCAACAAGCGGCUGCCCACCACCCACCAGAUCAACGUGGAGCAGUCCAUCGGGCUGCUGCUCAACUUCAUGGUGGCCACCUACGACAGUGAAAGCCACGGGAAGCUGACGGUUUUCUCAAUGAAAGCCAUGCUGUCAACAAUGUGUGGAGGGAAGAUUGUGGACAAACUACGCUAUAUUUUCUCACAGAUCUCUGACUCAAGCGGAGUCAUGAUGUUUGCAAAGUUUGAUCAGUUUCUCCGCGAGGUGCUGAAACUGCCCACAGCCGUGUUCGAGGGCCCUUCUUUUGGCUACACGGAGCAUUCGGUGCGGACGUGCUUCCCUCAGCAGAAGAAGAUUAUGCUGAACACGUUUCUGGAUGUGUUGAUGGCCGACCCUCCCCCUCAAUGCCUCGUAUGGCUGCCGCUCAUGCACCGACUUGCCAAUGUUGAAAACGUCUUCCAUCCGGUGGAAUGUUCAUAUUGCCGGAGCGAGAGCAUGAUGGGUUUCCGGUACCGGUGCCAGCAGUGUCACGGCUACCAGCUCUGCCAGAGCUGCUUCUGGCGCGGCCAUGCCAACGGUCCCCAUAGCAACCAGCACCAGAUGAAGGAGCACUCGUCCUGGAAGUCUCCGGCCAAAAAGCUGAGCCACGCAAUCAGUAAAUCUCUCGGCUGCGUCCCCAUCGGAGAGCUGCCGCAUCCUGUGUUCCCCGAGCAGGCGGAGAGACCACAGGAACUCACCCAUACUGUUCAGCCGAAACCAGCGGCCAACAACAUGAACGACACAAUGCUCAUGUCCUCUGGGACACCUACUCCUACCAAAAGUGUCUUGGAGAGUCCCAGUCGGCUGGAUGAAGAGCACCGCCUCAUCGCUCGCUACGCUGCCCGCCUGGCAGCCGAGGCGGGCAACUCCACACAGCAAUGUCCUCCCACAGAUCUGGGUUUCAACUUUGAUGCCAAUAAGCAACAGAGACAGCUGAUUGCAGAGCUGGAGAACAAAAACAGGGAGAUCCUCCAGGAGAUCCAGCGGCUGCGUUUGGAGCACGAGAAGGCCUCCCAGCCGACCCCAGAAAAAGCUCAGCAAAACCCCACGCUGCUUACUGAACUGCGGCUCCUCAGACACAGGAAGGACGAGCUGGAGAGGCGCAUGUCGGCCCUGCAGGAGAGCAGACGGGAGCUGAUGGUGCAGCUGGAGGGACUCAUGAGGCUGCUGAAGGAUGAGGAGCAGAAGCAGGCUUCCCAGUCUGGAUGCUCCCCUCAUUCCUCCCCAAGUCACGGGGCGGGCUGCUCCAUGCCCAUGCCCAUACGCUCCACCUCGGCCGGGUCCACCCCAACCCACACACCGCAGGACUGCCUGGCAGGGGUGGGAGGGGACGUGCUCGAUGCCUUCGCUCAGGGUGUACCUAGAAAUCUUCGGAAUGAUCUAUUAGUUGCUGCUGACUCAAUCACAAACACCAUGUCGUCACUGGUGAAAGAGCUCCACUCAGUUGAUGAAGUGGGAGUGGAAGAGGAGACCAACAUGAGGAACGGUGGGGACAGAGGCACAUUGAGAGUACAGAAGCACUGAGGACAAGCUGACACCAUUCCACCCUGUAAGGACAUUCAGUCAUCAACUGGAGAGAACAACAACAACAACAACAACCCCCGGCAUUAGCACGUAGAGUAAUGCAUGCUGUAAUCUAACAGGAUUUCACUAUGUGAAAAAAAAACAAAAAAAAAAACACAUCUCUUCACACCUUGCAGGUAGCAAGAUGUGUCUAACUAGCGAGUGUGUGUGUUGUCCUGUAAACAAAAUCUGUAAUUAAUUAAUGAGUUCCCUCAUGACUGCUAAGGAAUGGCUUGCUGUGCUUUCUCCCCCAACUGUUCCAUUGCAGCAGAUCAUUGUGUAUGUAGAAUACUGUAAACACAUGACCACGGAAACGCCCCCAAAAUCAAGCUGACAACAUGUUCCCUGUUAGUGACUUUGUAUGACUGGCGCUAGUAUUUUCCUUUUGUUUUAUUUAUUUAUUUUUGAAUCAUUUUUGCAUGAAGUUGCACUCAUGGAUUUUUAGGUACUGCACCAUGCUAUGCCAGCUCUCUGUGGGUUCAUGAUGACAGCUGGAGUGUCAGAAUGUGUCUCGUCUCAGAAUUCCCGCCGAGUGUGUUUACGUUCACAUUCUGAAGUUUUUUAAAAGUAGAAUUCUGGAUAUGCUCCAGUUUCAGUUAAUAAUAGUUUGACAUUUUGGGAAAAACACAUAUUCUACUUGCUGAGAGUAAGAUGAGAUCAAUACCAUUCUCAUAUUUAUGUUACGCUGGACCCUGAAAAUGGUUAGCUUAGCUUAGCAUAAAGACUGGAGACAGCUAGCCUGGCUCAGUCGUAACGUAAAAGUGACUUCUUUGAGCCUUGCCGUCACUGUUGUCAGAUAACCAGCUGAGACGACAGGAAGUCACAGCGCUCGGCUUGUUUGCUGCCGAACAGAGACUUAAAUGAUAACUGUAUGCUAAAUAUGAACCACCAGCAGCCAUAUAGCUUAGCUUAGCAUAAGGACUGGAAACAUGAGAAACACUUAGCUUUGCUGUCUAAAAGGGGAAAAAUACACCUACCAGCUCUUCUAAAGCUCACUAAUAACAUUUUAUAUCUUAGUUUAUUGAGGGAGACAGUUGUGUUUCCAUGCUAAUAUCAUUUUUAUGAAUAUGUGCAGGAAUAUCUGUUGUUAUAGUAGGAAGACGCACAUAAACAAAGUAUCCCUGAUCAGACGGUAAACAAGAAUGAUAGCUGGCAUCCAGAAUACUGCGUGCAUGUAGACACACACACACACACACACACACUGAGUCACAUACUGUGCUGCUGCUACUGCGCUCUCAGUGAGCCACCCUUACAAAUACGAGGGCUGUGCGAUUAAGCGAAACCAAGGGGCUACUACAAACACAGAAAUGAGCCUCAUCGUUUCCUUCCCCCGUGAAAACUUAACUGAACACACCCGACUAGCUGGCGGCCUCCGUAUUUAAUUGUCUCAAGUGUAGGGAAGCACCUCAGGAUGUCUAAAUAGUGAUGAACUAUGCGUUGAGUUGUAAGUUACAAAAUGAACACUUGUACAGUAUGUGGGGAUGUGAGGUCAUAGUGAGCAAGUAGGAAAUGCUUUGAUAGCUUUAUUUAGUUAAUAAAGGAAUAUUGAAAAUGAUUAUGUGCAAUGAAGGUAUAGGUGCUCAGGGACUGCAGAGCUACUCUAGAGGCAAUAUGGUGGUAAUGGCUUCAGACUGAGAGGUUAAAGGUCAAUGACGAUUCAAAAUGGAGGGGUUUUAUUCCAAAACAGAUACAACUUGCCUGUGAUACCUGUCGUGAGAUUUAGUUGAAACUUCCUGAAGUAGUACAUUUCACUCUCAUAUCACCAGUCAAUUUGUCUAAUUUUUGGAAUGAAACACUUUCAUGAAUAGAGGAAAACAACAGCAAGUGACUAAACGCUGGGUACAGAAUGUGGAGUAUUGGAAGGAGAGACGUUUUUCUGAAGUGCUAUUUUGGUGAAGCAUGUUGUUGGAUAUAGUUUGUCUGUGUAUGUGUGAAUUUGUGUCUUUCACGGAAAAGGCAAGCGUGCAGUCCAUCACAGAGGUAGCCGUCAACCAGAGAGGAUGUUCAUUUUAAAUCAGGUCUAAGUUACCUUUUACAUUUCUGUCUUCUGGUUCAAUGCUUGGUUUUUAGUCAAUGCAAUGUGAUGAAGGUCUGGGAGCAGUUUUAUAGUCAUAUAUUCAGCUCUCAAAGGAAGUAAAAUCGGACUGAAUCGAACUGAAAAUCAUGAUGUUUUUGUUUUGAGAUCUCUACAGUAAGCCGAUCCUACAAUAUAAGCUGAGUUUACGGUUUCAACAACCUGUUACACUGCGUCAAGAAAAAGAACAAAAAGAGGCUCCUCUUCUGUCGACAUUUUAAAUGUGAUGUUUUUGUUCAGUUCUCCGGUCUGCUCUUUGUUAUUAUUGUUUAGUAUUAGUGGAGUACAAGUCAAUGUAAUGAGAAUCACAUGCACACUCGCGCUUGCAUAGUCGCCAGAAUAUAAAUGAACACGAGGAAGGUGUAAAAGUUGAAGUACUGUCAUAUUAAACUUCUGCUGUCAACAUGUUCAGCUCAUUCAGCGGAAAAGGUCCAGAUCUAAACUUAAAGAGUCACUGUCUUCCCCUUCAUUCUAGCCAAGCAUUUGAACUCUAAAGUUUGUUUCCAUUCUUUCAGUUUGUGCCUGUAGCUGUUCUGUAAAGUGCUGUACAAAGUAACCAUUCAGCAAAUAAGAUGAUCCAUCAGCCUUUAUGUCCGUGGCUUUGUAGAAGUUAUUUAUUUAUUUAAUGUGUUCUGGGGGAAAACUCAUGCUCAGCCUUUACAUUUGUGCCAAACUGUUUGCAGACAUUGUGUGUCACACAGCAGGUAUAUAUCAAAGUAUAUCUGCAUUAGUCUGUUGUUGUUGCCCAUAGUUUAUUCACAGAAUGCCUGGAGACGUUAAUGGUUUAAAAAACAUUUAAGUGUUAUUAAAGACAGACACAUUCCAAAUUUACUGAUUGACUCACUGAUGUCAUUAUAGCCAAUGUGGAGGCAAUACUGUACACACCCUGUGAGAACAGCCCGGGGUAACACCAAUAAAACACAGCCCGUCAUACCGAGGUGCACACUUUGUGAUCCUUCGAUUGUUUGCAGAGAGAGACGGUGUGCAAAAAGGACGACCUCGCCGACAAACGCUCCCCUGAUGUUAUUUAUCUGCGUAUGUGUUCUGUGCGGUUACGCUUCUGGUACACAUUUGUUUCUCAUGUUGAUUUUACAAAACACUUUAUGUCACAAAGCCACUGUCUUUUGUAAAUAAAUCAAAUGUGAGAUAUAUUAAAAAGAUUUAAAAUAUG